UUUAAGUGCUUACUAGCCAAGUCGGUCUAAUCCUAAUGUGCUUAAGCUAAAAUACUCCUAUUGAACUAAGAGUGAAAUACUCAAUUCGGCGUAGACUGAAGGAUUUAAGUCGAAACAGAUUAUACUUUGAGCUUUUAGCCAAGUAUCCAGAUUAAUAACCCUUCCGGUUGUUGGGAAACAAUUACAUUGGUAGCAACACCGUUUAUUUUGAAGCUGUAUUCAACUGCUAUCAAAGCGGCGUUUUUUCUCCUCCCACAACCCGGAACAUUCUUCAAAAUAAACGCAGCGAUAUGGCAGCAGCGGAAACCAGCGCGCCAUCCCCUGCGACGAAUCCCGAGGAAACAUUUCACUGUGUUGCAUGUAAUCUUCCGGAUUCAAUAGCAGAUCUUGUACAAUGUGAUCAAUGCGACCAGUGGUGGCAUCAGUCUUGUGCGGGCGUCACCGCAUCCAUCAAAGAUAAGCCAUGGACAUGUCGAAACUGUCUUCCAGCAGAAUGCAGUAAAAGCGAUAUUUCCCAUGUCAGCUUACCAUCCAAGGGAAUACGUUUGAAGUUGGAGCAGCUGGCUGAAAAGCGCGCUCUUGAAAAAAAGGCACUCCAAAUUAAAUUGGAGGCAAUCCAGGCCGAACUGAAGAUGGUCGAUGAUAAAUAUAAGCUGUUGCAAGCCGCUGCCAACGAAUUGGAUGACAACGUUAGCGUUCGUAGUCGAGUUAGCAGAACCACCAGUUUUGAGCGAACCACCGAGUGGCUCGAUCAGAUUUCCGAUACAGAAAAUACGGCAGGCGGUCCUUAUCUUCCCGGGUCGGGAAUUAGCCCGACUGUCGAACUGAAUUCAACAACAACUGGUGUAGCUAAAAAGAAGCCAAUCGAGUCAACUCCGAGAGCAAUUCCAUCCCAGGUCAGGCAGAAGAAAAGGAAGGACCUUCAGCAGCAGAGGGCCGAGCCAAAACCGUUUUCCGAAGACGACCCGAACUUAUCAGAACAACAUUUGGAAGAGGAUGGCGUUCUGAAACUCCGUCCGAAACGCCAUCACCAACCAGCACUUUCGGUUCCAACAGUCCCCGUUGGUCGUUUUCGAGAGCCCGUAGCAGAGACAACGAGUCUUCCGAGUCAUCAUCCGGCGGAUCCAGCGAAAGAUGUGAAUAACUUCAUCAGCAACGGACACUCAUCCAGAAUGCAAUCCAUGUAUGGUAAACCACUACCUCCUCCCCUCAUCCCCGAGAAUCAAGGUAAGCCCUUUGCCAAUAAUUGCCUAUCAAAUGACACAUUAUAUGAGCCUCAUGAGUCCCUGAUAAAACAGCUAGGGAGUUGCCCAAGCGAAAGUUUAAACUUUAUGGAAAUUAUCGCGGAUUAUACGCCGACAACAGCUCAAUUAGCGGCACGCCAGGUCAUGUCUCGGGACCUUCCAACCUUUGAUGGGAACCCGGCUGACUGGCCCGUCUUCAUUAGCACGUUUACGACUACCACAUUAGCGUGUGGGUUCAAUCAAACGGAAAAUUUGAUACGCCUCCAGCGUGCCCUUAAAGGCGAUGCGUUAGAGUCGAGGAAAUCAGAGUUUAAGAGAGGGCUACUAGAGGAACACAUGGAGUAA